GGGGAUGUUGAGGGACGACAAAAGAAAGUAAUCGGAUCCGAUCGAAAGUAAAAUCAUAAGAGUCAGUCUUAGAAAGUCACGCCUAGAGUUCGGAAGUAGAUUGUAAAGUGUAUUGAUGUUAGAAAAAAAAUAAAGUUUUCUUUUUUUAUUUUUUACCUCAAAUUCCUUUUUUAUUUUGUUAUUUUACGUGACAUUUUGGCGAUCCUGCCAGGAUAGUGAAAAGUGUUUGUUCGGAAACCAAAAGACAUUCAUCAUCUACGGAAGAUCGAAUUAUUUGGGACUACGGUCAUCCGCAACAACAAAGUAACUAUCACGAACCAAGUGAAGUAACAAUAAAAGCGCAAUAAUGUCUAAGGCAAACGAAUCUCAAACUUCAACCUCAACUGACCCAAUGUUGCGAGCAAUAUGGGACAGUAUUCAAAAACAGAACGACAACAUUGCCCUUUUACGAGAGGAAAUGUUACGUUUGUCUAUGCAAAAUGACGAAGAGAACAGACACAGGGCAGCAGAAAUCGAGAAUCUCGGAAAAACCGUCGCAGCGCUACGGACUGGGUUCGGAUCCCCUGCGACCGAUGAAUUUGCUUCCAUUAUCACCGAAGACAAUGAAAGUGCGUCGACAGCAAUCAAUCGCACCGUGAAUAUGGCAAAAGCACGCAAACUCUCAGGGUUAGCAGCUCCAGACACCCCACCUGUCCACCUCGACAUCGAACAACCCCAGGUGGAAGAAAGAGGCUAUUUUCCGCCCGCUCCUCCCACUCUACGAGCUAAGGAUGCAAUACGCUACAUCCCAACGCUCAACGGAGAUGAUGAUGUAGGAGUUGAAGACUUCAUCAAAGAAGUGAGAAGUAUGAAGGAUCGCUGA